UGGCCUCGCGGCUCGCUGCGGGCGCAGGAUUGCGGCAUCUCAGUGCACGUGCCGUCGCCACGGCCGGCUAAGGAGCGGCAAGGCCCGGCCUCGAAAUCUCCGAACACAGCUGCCGUGGGUGCGCGUGCUGCCAUCAUGUCGGCGAUCUGCUACGUACUAUGGACGCUGCUCGUAGUGGCACCCCUGGCUGAUGCGGGCAUCAGAUGCGACUGCUCCAUAAAUGGUGUCACAUACAGCCUCGUAGGUAUCAACUGUGCCAGACCUAACACGACCGAGAGCGUUAAUAAAGCAGUGCAGUGUGAGAAAGCGCGGUACGGCUCUGUGGAGGCCGGGUACGUCGUGAACCCCGGCGAGAAGAAGAGCGGCUACAGGUCGCUGUACCGGCUGUACCGCACCAGCCGCCACUGGCUGGACGCCGCACAGUCCUGCUCGAGGGACGGCGGCCACCUGGCCGUGCCGGGCACCCAGGCCGAGCUGGACUUCAUGGCGGACCAGCUGAGGCGACACGGCGGCGGCCGCACCACCGGCGCCAUGCUGGGGGUGCGCAGAGCUGCCGGCGAGAAGCCCUUCCUCUCCGUCACAGGGGAAGAUGUUGAAACGGUGUUGUCUGGGAACUGGCCGCCUGGGACGCCACAGUCGGUUCCACGCCAGCAGUGUCUGGAGCUGCAGAUCAAGGGACCACAGGCGGCCGCUCUCCGGAGCCGCGACUGCGGCCAACCUGCCGCCUACUUCUGCGAAAGACCCCUUAGCGCGCCCGUCAACUCCAAAUACAGUUUCGUCGCCGGUCUCGGUUUCUACAUGCCGCUGGCACAGCUCCUGCCGUACCCCGGAGCGGAGCAGCAGUGCCAGGCGUCGGGGGGCCACGUCGUGGUGCCCGACACGCAGCAGGAGGCGGACGCGCUGGUGCAAGCCUUCGACAUGUACCCACAGGUGGAGCAGAUCUACGUCGGCAUCGAUGACCGCCGGCAAGCUGGUGUCUUCGAAACUGUACAUGGUGGCCUGCUGGAGUGGCUGGACUUCCAGAACUGGGCGCCAGGUGCUCUGGAGACUCGCAGCGCCGACAUCCACUGCGUGACCUUCACGGCCAGCGGCAACUACCAACUAGUGCACUGCGACACGCCACUGCCCACCAUCUGCGAGUGGAAACUCUGAUAACGCCCUUCAUACACGACCCUCGCCUAUGAGGUUUCCUGAUUUUAUGAUCGUGGCAGCCUCUAACGACAUUCUUGCACAGCUUCAAUAUAGCUGUGUGAUAACUUGUCAAUAGCAUGUAAACCAGUGUUCACAGUAUCCAAAUUACCUUCCGCAUCCUUACGAAUAUACAAGCAAUUAUUUGGUCUACCGUUGUUACAAACAGUAGGAAUGAAUCAAAAGAGACAUCCUCUUUGAGAUUUUCUCUUCACUCAGGUGAUGAGGCAGUAAAGGAUGGGCAAUAAGAUUCAAGAAAACAUAGAAACAUUGUGAGAACCGGAAAUGGUUGAUAACGAAUGUACACAGACAUUACGAAAAAUUUCUGAAUAAAACUGAGUCGAGUCAA